CCCGCAAUCUCUAUUUGGCUCGAGUCUUCCACAACCACAACCACCCCCACUCCACACACAUUUGCCCAGCAUGGCCGACAUCAACGAGAUCGCCAAGCAGUUCACCGACUACUACUACAGCACGUUUGACUCCAACCGUGCCAACCUCGCGCCGCUCUACCGCGACCACUCCAUGCUCACCUGGGAGGACAAGCAGCUGCAGGGCACGGCGGCCAUCCUCAACCAGCUCCAGGGCCUCCCCUUCGCCCAGGUCCAGCACAAGGUCAUCACCCGCGACGCACAGCCCGCGUCGGACACUGUCGCCUCGAUUCUCGUCCUCGUGACGGGACAACUGCUGGUUGACGACGGCGCCAACGUCCUGUCGUACUCGCAAAUGUUCCACCUCGUUCCCGACGGAGGUAGCUACUUUGUCCUCAACGACGUCUUCCGCCUCGUCUACGGAUAGAAGCCCUCGUCCUGGCGACUGAGCGGCGAGCAUGGCGUUGACCGCGCCAACAGCAUGGAGAUCUGGUGUCAGGCGGUGCGGGUAACGAAUGCAUGAUAUAUUACUUCUAAUAUGGCUAUGUGACGGGGCUGGUCGAGGCGUGAGGCGCGCAGCGCUGAGGGCGGCAGCGGACAAGAGAUGAGGGACCGCCGGGAUGUGGAGCGUCCGAGUGGGCGGGACGAGGCGAGGGCGAUGGGCCGGGACGAGAGGAGGAGGCGAGUCAAGGACUCCCCAUCUAGGCAUCGUGCACGCCCUCCUCGCGGUCCUUCUCCCACGACGUCGCCCACUGCGCGAUACGCGCGACGUUGUUCUCGACCUCGUUGUCGCCGCCCGAGCCGUCGCUCUGGAGCUCGACGAUAAUUUCUUCCGCGUACGACUCGCGCGUCUCGUUGAUGACCGUCAUCAUGAUCUCGGCGGUAAUGUUCUCCGUGAUCUUGUUCUCGGGGUAGUUGCUGGGGAAGCGCGUCAGCGCCGACCAAGGGCAGGCCCGCAGAAGGAGAAGUGUUAAGCGUCCAUCGACUGGACUGGACGCGCGCCUGCGGCAGUCGCCCACUCAC